AUGAACACUAGUUCUAGAUCUGUUAAUGGCUUGGGUUCUUCUGUGAAUCCCCUUGGUGGUGAGGAAUUGUGUGUGAUGCCUCCUUCUAUCCCUGCGAUUGCUCAAACAUCAUUGCAGAGUGUUCUUGGAUUUGAGAUGAAUGCGAUGGCUUCUGCGAAGGCUUUGCCUGCUAUAUCGAAUGUUUUAAAGGCUGUGAAAAAAGUUGUUUUUAAUAAUGACGAACCUGGUAAGAGGCAUGAUAAGGGGAUUUAUGAGGUGGAGAACAGGGAUACCGGGAGGGAUGAGAUGAUUGAGGUUCGUAGAAACAAAGGUAAAAUGCCUUUUAGACAGAGGACUGUUGUUCAAGAGGAACAGGAAGCACAAAAGAGGAAUGGAACUGAAAGUGUAGGUGUUUUGCUAGAUGAGGUGGCUGGUAUUGAUGAGGUAGUGCCUAUUCUGAUGGAUGGUAUCAGAAAUAAUGUUACUGAAGUGGUGUUUAAUGCGAAUCUUAUCAGUGUAGAUCCUUUAGCUGAGCCUUUAGUUGAGUAA